AUGAAGAUUAGCGCGUCAUCAAUCGCACUGCUGCUCAACCUUAUUGUUGGAGCUUCCGCUUUUGCUCCUUUGCAAACAGCAAAUAUCAAUAUCAAUGACAGAUGUAAUACUGAGCUUAUGGCGUCGUCGGGUAAAAUGAACUGCCGUCCCAUUGGAAUUGGUAGUGCUGCUCCUGACACUAUCAUUACAAACGUGGACCUUGAAUCUGUUGUGGAAACAAACGACGAAUGGAUCGCGACAAGAACAGGAAUUUCGCAAAGACAUGUGCUAACGGGGGAUGAAAAGCUCAGAACCCUCGGUGCAAAAGCCGCACAGCAAGCUCUUGAUAUGGCCGGAAUCUCAGCUGAAGAUUUAGACUUGGUCAUCUGUGCAACAUCAUCUCCAGAUGACAUGUUCGGUGAUGCCACAGCCAUUGCUGCUGAAAUUGGUUGCUCCAAAGAUACAGUCGGCUUUGAUCUAACGGCAGCAUGCUCAGGGUUCCUUCUUGGAUCUGUCACAGCCGGACAAUUUCUCUCAUGCCCCGGAACAACAAUGAAAAAUGUUUUGGUAGUUGGAGCCGAUGCUUUGAGUCGGUGGGUUGACUGGGACGACCGCAACUCAUGUAUCUUGUUCGGAGAUGGAGCAGGCGCCAUGGUGCUCACAAAUCAAGGAGACGAAGAACCUGGCCUGCUUGGUUUUUCAGCACAUUCCAAUGGAGAAGGAUAUGGAGAUCUAAAUUGCUUAUACAAUGGUGUUCCCAGACCGAUCUCCACUCCAGGAGAAGACACAAUCUUAAGUUCUGGAAAGUACCAAAAAAUAGAAAUGAAUGGCCAGGAGGUCUACAAAUUUGCAACACGUGAAGUUCCAAAAGUACUAAAGGAAGCUCUUGAAGCUGCCGACAUCUCAGUGGACGAAGUCGACUGGCUUCUGCUGCAUCAAGCCAACAUCCGUAUCAUGGAAAUUGUGGCAAAGCGAAUGGGGAUGCCAUUCGACAAGGUUAUCACGAAUUUGAAAUCAUAUGGAAAUACCAGUGCGGCUUCUAUUCCUCUGGCACUGGAUGAGGCAGUCCGAUCUGGAAAAGUAAAGAAGGGCGACGUCAUUGCCUGUGCAGGUUUUGGAGCUGGCCUAACAUGGGGAGCAACCAUCAUGCGAUGGGGCUAA